GCGCGUCCAUACGCACGUGAAGAUUGGCGGGCGCGCGUUCGUCCGCACGUCAGGAUUCAAAAGAGUAGUGUAGUGUUCAUGCGUGAAUCGUUGCAGAGUUGCAGUGCUUAAAGCCGCUAGCUUCUCGAAGGUCAUUUGCUUUUAUCGUAAAAUUCAGAUGUCUUCCAUUGCAUCGAAAUGGCUUUCCCCCGACCUCCAAGGUUGUCGAGUGCUACUUCGAAUGAACGAAGGCAGUGUCGAAGGCGUCGUUGUCGAUGUCUCCCAGAAGACAUCUCGAAUCACACUCGAUCAAGUUAGUGACGCUGCCGUGAAGCAGCCACUUUUUGGACAGCUCCACUUCUACGCGCAGGAAAUUUCGUCGUGUGUGGUUCUGGACAACUCGACGCGCAAGAAAUACAUUCUGCAACGAGAUGAGGAUGGACCACGGUUGCUGAGAGUUCGCCCUGUACCUGCUCACCUUGAAAAACUGAAUGCAGCACAAAACAACAGCGAAUUCAUUUGCCAUCGCGAAGAAAAUGACACCUCCGAAGUCAUCAAGAAGGGCAUCAUAAAGCUCAUUGGUACACCAGAUGACCUGCCCAAGCUGCGGUGUCCAAUCGCUACUGAUUUUGAAGUCAUUGACGAAGUGAAUGACCAACUUAGUGAAGCGAUUGCCACAAUCAAAAAGGAGCGGACUCUUUCUGUUGCAUUUGAAGGCGUGAAAGUUGGACGUCAUGGAUCUCUUUCUGUUUUGGCGGUUGCAGCCUCAUCCAAAGUGUAUGUAUUUGAUGUCCAGAAAAUGAAGAAAGAACUGUUUGACCAUGGAUUGAAGGAAGUCUUUGAGUCUGAUGACAUUAAAAAGAUUAUCCAUGGUUGCCGGCAUCUGUCAGAUUGCCUUCACCACCAGUACCAAGUUGGCCUCAACAAUGUGUUUGACACAAUGGUGGCUGACGUGAUCAUUUACCUCGACAAGAAGCUGGAGGCUGGCGAUUGCCACUUGCCAUCAUAUGUGCGUGGUGUCCAGAACUGCCUCAGGAGUUUCCUCAACCUCUCGUACGAUCAGCUAAAGUACACACGCUCAAGGCAGGGCAGUCAGGAGGAUGAAGUGUGUGCCUGGGGACAGCGACCACUCUCCCUCCGUCAGAUUGAUGCACUGGUGAAGGACGUCGUGUACCUCGGAGAGCUUGCACGUGUGUGCCUCAAGCAGAUGCUGCAAAAGUUCCACCUGGGUGUGGAGUUCUUUCUUGGCCUGGAUCGAGACUGCAGUGAAGAGGAACUGCGAUGCUUGCCCCUGGAUCACAUUUUGCCCAUGGGUUUUAGGGAUGCUCUCAAGCUUGGUGCUAAGCGUGCGGCACCAAACAGGAAUUACAGCAGCUACGAUGAGGAUUGCUACAGAGAAUAUGGACCCCAUUCCAGGAGGGAUAACAACAGACACUACCACCACCGUGACAACCUGAGACGUGGCCGUGGAUUUUCCUCGAUGAACAACGACCGCAUGCACUCGAGGCAGCCGAGAGAGGCGUAUCGCCAGAAGAAUACAAUCGAAAACGAGACGAACGCAACAAUGUGCAGGAAGACAACUGUGUGGAGGACUCAUUGCUUUAUGUAGCGAUGCAACAACAGACCAACGACACAUCUAGGGAGUUGGCUGUUACGGAACCGGACACAGCUCAGAAGAGCAAUGGGGGUGAGUGUAGUAUGCAAAGUGCCAAGCCUGCUGAACCUAUGCAAGAAGAAAAGCCUGCCACCUCAGCUCUCCACUGCCCUGUAGCCAAUGGAAAUGAGGAAGACACAAAGGCGAAUCGAGUUGCUCUGGACGAGCCACAUUUGAACGCCAGUCCCCGCAGCGUCGAGCGCAAUGUAGAGUUCACUGCACCUCGGUGUAGCAGUACAGAUAAUGCUGUGGACGUUUCUCAGCAGGCACUAUCGCAGCACUGUGAUGGCAACGGGCCUCCAAGUAGCAUUCCUUCCAGCAACCUUGACCACAGGCACCACACUAAUGUUGCUGCAGCUAAACAUCCUAGUGACGAUACCCAGCUACCAGGGACAUUAAUGGAGCAUUGUAAUAACAGCACGCACAGAAACGACAGCAUGCAGGAUGAGCCAUUGAUCCAUGGGAGCAGCCAGUCUUUAUCACCUCCUAACGUGGAACACCAUUGGGGUACGUUCGCUGAAAGCACGGCAGUUCCGAGAUGGAAGCACAAUUCCAGCCCCACCGCAGAAGCUGCAGACAUUAAAAAAGGAACAUCAAAGUCCCCAGGUUUCUGGGGAAAUCGGCCAGUAAACGAAAAUGCAGAAGGCAUCUCUUUUAGGCCGGCAGAUAUGAAAGUCUCGAAGGAUUCUGCUUAAGAGAUCAUCCUCAUAAUGCAUCACGCCUACUAGUCCAAAAUGCAUUCAUGUAAGCAUCUGCAUUGUUCUUUGUUUUACCACCAUUGAGCCACUGGAGUGGCUCAGUGAUGGUGGUUUUUACUAUGUUUAACAGCUCCAACUCUGAUGGAGUAUAUGUUUGUGAUAGCCAAUUUUUCUUUUGCCUUGAAUAAUGGACUAUCAAUUUGAAAUCAUGGAAUCAUUUUAUGCCAUUGUUCUAUGGUAUCAUCUACUCAACAGUAGUAUAAUCGUGUACAUUUCUAGUGAAACCCACCGUCAUGUGGUAUGUGUUUGUAAGAAGUGGUCACACAGAAUAAUUAUACCAGAUGGCAAGAAACACUUGUUUUCCAUAGUAAUCGAUAAGCUUGCUUUGCUUCAAUUCCAACCCAAUAAUCGCAGUUUCCCGAUUGCUUAAACAGUGAAAGUGUUCUCCACAGAGAGCUUUGCUGCGGAUGAGCUGUCUUGGCAACACGAUGUAAAUCCACAGGUCAUUGAUUCGGUCAUCACUUCCAGACUAGCUCUCUUGUAUUCAUAGGAACCCAGGCUUUGAAGAAGUUUAUAAUGCAAUGCAUGGUAACCAUGGCAACCUUUAUCCAAUCAACCUUUACCAUUUCCGCAGCCACGAACAGCCACCCAAGUGGUAGGACAUUGGGAGGUCCUUGAAGGCCGAGGUGUAGUUUCGCAUUCGUGCCCAGGCGUGCACAUCUUGGGAGUGUACAAAACAUCAAAACGAAAGGAAAGUGGUACCUCCACAGGGUUCAGUCCAUGUCCGAUAUUACUCGGUUUCAUUUGUACAUUUCCUGCUCCACAAGACAGCAUUGUUUUAACAUGAAGAAGUAAAUGAUUCAACAUAACACACAGGUAUUUUGGGGGUGCCAAAUUCUGGUUUUAUUUCUCAAGACUGUGUUUCUUCUCUUAUGUACACUAAAGAAGGCUGGCUGCAAAUAUAAUGUAACUCCUAUUUGCAUUUGUAAAUAAGCUAGCAGUGCUCCUGAUUCACUGGUGAAGAUUGCACCUCCGUCACAACUUAAAAAAUAAACAACAAAAAAAAGUCUCACAUCACUGAGCAUACUAAGUAGUUCAUACAGUUCAACACAAAUCCAUAUUUGAGGCUUUGUGCAGUUUGAAGUCUCUCCUCAAAAACUGCCAACUUCUUUUAUAUACAAAACUUGCCUACUAAGCAUGACCUGUUAACUUUGUCAAAUGCCUCAUCCAACAAGAAAACAACUCUACAGAGCCAAUCAACAAAUGUUGCGUGCAUCUAAACUGAAACUGAAAUGCUGCAAAGCUGUAAACAAGUUCAUUACUCUUGUGUCUGCCUAAAUAAAUGUCACUGUAUUUACUGAAACAUUGUCAAAUUACUGAUGCUAUCCAACACGGCAUCCAACAAAAUUGACAGCAAAUUUCAUCUCUGCAUUUCC